GACUUAGUGAAUUGAACAGAGAAAUUGUUGCCCAGGAGGCACAGUGGAGUAGAGACCACCGAGCGGCUGUGUGGCUCCGGGCUGGUUACAUUGGAGCUGUUAUACUGUCGUCAGUGACCAGAAACUUUUGUUGUUGUUUUAUGGUUUGUACGACUAGGGUUAGCAGCCCAGAUUCAAGCAGGUCCUGCAGCUUUCUGGGUCCUGGGUUAGCUAAUGGCCAAAGAGGACUCUGAUCUUUGCCCUGUUCCCGACUUUUAGACUCCUUUCCCUGGAGAGUGGGGAGGUAGUUGGGAAUGCCCUGUAGUGUGAGGUCCCUGCCUGCACUCUUCCCUACACUUUCUUCUAAAGUAGACUAGAGAAUUAUGGUGAGGGUGGGGCAGGGGCGGUCAGAGCAGCCAGCAUAGGGGCAGGAGGGAGGUAAGAGGCAGCAAAGUUGUAAGGUGACUCACACUGGGAUGAAAGGACAAAGGUGGUUGCUUCUUCAGAGGAACCAGGAGCAUUCCGGUCUCCGUGUCGCACUUAGUGACAUCCUGUUAGCCCUGUAGACCUUCCAUUGUGCCAGGUGGAUGGACUGUCUGCAGCAUCCUAAGCGUACCCAGGUCUCUGGGCACAAUGGAGGACAAGCGGAACAUCCAGAUCAUCGAGUGGGAACACCUGGACAAGAAGAAGUUCUAUGUGUUUGGUGUGGCAAUGACGAUGAUGAUCCGCGUUAGCGUGUACCCGUUCACCCUCAUUCGCACCCGGCUGCAGGUUCAGAAGGGCAAGAGCCUCUACCAUGGGACCUUUGAUGCCUUUGUCAAGAUCUUGCGAGCAGAGGGAGUGGCUGGCCUCUACCGGGGCUUCCUGGUCAACACCUUCACGCUCAUCUCUGGCCAAUGCUAUGUCACCACUUAUGAGCUUACCCGGAAAUUUGUAGCCGACUACAGCCAGAGUAACACAGUGAAAUCACUGGUAGCUGGCGGCUCGGCCUCCCUCGUGGCCCAGAGCAUCACAGUGCCCAUAGAUGUGGUCUCCCAGCAUCUGAUGAUGCAGCGCAAGGGCGAGAAAAUGGGUCGCUUCCAAGUUCCUGGGAACCUAGAGGGACAAGGGCUCAUUGCCUUUGGCCAAACUAAGGACAUCAUCAGACAGAUCCUGCGGGCUGAUGGGCUUCGAGGCUUCUACCGAGGCUAUGUGGCCUCACUGCUAACAUACAUCCCAAACAGUGCUGUGUGGUGGCCCUUUUAUCACUUCUAUGCAGAGCAGCUGUCGCGCCUGUGUCCUCAGGAGUGCCCUCACAUUGUCUUCCAAGCCGUCUCUGGGCCCCUGGCUGCAGCCACUGCCUCCGUCCUCACCAACCCUAUGGAUGUCAUCCGAACCCGUGUGCAGGUUGAAGGCAAGAGCUCCAUCAUCCUGACCUUCAGACAGCUGAUGGCAGAAGAGGGGCCUUGGGGCCUCAUGAAGGGCCUCUCUGCUCGAAUCAUCUCGGCUACACCCUCUACUAUCGUCAUCGUGGUGGGCUACGAGAGCCUCAAGAAACUCAGCCUCCGACCUGAGCUGGUGGACUCAAGACACUGGUAGCCAAUGGCGGACAGAAAGGCUGUGGUUUCACACAUUCUUCUGGGCCAGGGUA